UAUUACAGGGUGCUUACACCUCUUAUAGCUAUGGAGUUGGGAAUACCUCCCGGUUUUCAGACCUUGGGUGCUCAAGUGCUACUACCCAGUCCACAUCUCCGAUGGCAUUGCCGAUGACAUAAGGCCAACGAUGGGGUAUCGGUGGAUUCAUGCCAGGCUAAGAUGGAGUCAGCAGCAAGACCAUGGUAACUACUCCAGGGUGAUCAGUGACCUGGACGUCCUCAGCGCUGAUCUAGUGGAGUGGGAUCCAUGGCGUAUGGCACGAGUAGAAGAAAUUGCAGAUGGUGGACUCAUCGCAUCCUCUUGUAGCCGUGACGCAGACUUAUGGUUGACCACAUGCUUCUUGUUGUACAUGAACUGCGUAGAAGUAUAUUCUCCAGAACGUGUACAGAGGCAGUUCGGGUAUCGACAGGUAGUGCCAGUACCACCACCACGAGACGCCGGACGGGCGCACGAGAGGAGCUCACAGGGGGGUGGAGGCAUGCAGAACUGGGCAUCCAAGAAUGCCGACUACAUACGGAGGUGGACAGAGUCAGCUGCGGUCGAUGUCAUCAUUACUGCUGGACAAUACGACGAGGCCACGUACUGGGACUACCUUGCUUGGUACCGUCCGCGCACACGUGCCACCUUACUCAGCGGACCUGUACAGCCAGGCCCCAGACCCUUCCCCGAGGAUCGUGCCCGCCUACUUCAUGUUGUGACUGAAGAGGCGUAUGAGAUGCAUACUCAAGCGGAUCAAGCUUGUGGGGAACCAAGCAGGUCAUCAUCGCGGAGGGAUCGUAACCCUCUCCGGGAGUACAUGAGGACAAGAGGAUCCCGCUUCCUAAACGCUAUACGUGGUCUAGGUGGGUGUGCCCCGCAAUGGAGGGGGUACGACCAACAUGCCAUGGACCCGUCUCGUGCCUCCCACAGCAGGCGGUCAUCCAGUGCUCGUGAGGAACCCGUCCGGUCAGAAUCACGACAUACAUCUUCAGCUUCGGCGCGUUACGCUGGGUUCACUAGCACCUCCGGCUACGAUGACACCUCCGGCUGCAGCAUCUACUCAUCAGGAGGACGUCGUUGACUACACGCAGCAGACCCCUUGCUGGAGCGACCCUAAUGCUUUUGACUGGGGUGCUGCAAUGCAUGCGACCGCCACCUUCACUGAUCU